GAAAACAGAUCCAUGGAUAAGAUGACAGAUUCAUCAUUGUCGUAUUCCUUUUUCUCUGAUUUUGGGCUGCUCUUGUAUUUGGAGGAGCUAAACAAAGAGGAGUUAAAUAAAUUCAAGUCAUUUCUAAAGGAGACCAUGGAACCUGGUCACUGCCUGAUACCCUGGACUGAAGUGAAGAAGGCCAGGCGGGAGGAUCUGGCUAACUUAAUGAAGAAAUAUUAUCCAGGACAGGAAGCCUGGAAUGUGGCUCUUAAAAUUUUUGGCAAGAUGAACCUGAAGAGUCUGUGUGAGAGAGCAAAAGCAGAGAUCAACUGGUCAGCCCAGAGUGUGGGACCAGAGGACACUAAGUCUGGAGAGACAUGCGAUCGGAAGGCAGUGCUGGGUGAUGGAAUAGAAUACAGAAUUCGAAUAAAGGAAAAAUUUUGCAAUGGAAGGGAUAAGAACUCUUUGCUUGGGGAGCCUGAAGAUUUCCAUCAUGAACUUUCUCAGGAAAAUAGAAAACUGUUGGAACAUUUGUUUGAUGUGGAUGUCAAAACUGGUGAGCAGCCACAGAUAGUGGUGCUUCAGGGAGCUGCUGGAGUUGGGAAAACAACCUUGAUGAGAAAGGCAAUGUUAGAUUGGGCAGAGGGUAAUCUCUACCAGCAGAGAUUUACCUAUAUUUUUUAUCUGAAUGGGAGAGAAAUUAACCAACUGAGAGAGAGCACUUUUGUGCAGUUGAUAUCAAAGGACUGGCCCAGCACAGAAAGCCCCAUUGAGGGGAUCAUGUCCCAGCCAAGUGGUCUUCUCUUUAUUAUUGAUAGUUUUGAUGAACUGAGCUUUGCCUUUGAGGAACCUGAGUUUGCACUGUGUGAAGACUGGACCCAGGAACACCCAGUGUCCUUCCUCAUGAGUAGUUUGCUGAGGAAAGUGAUGCUCCCUGAGUCAUUCUUAUUGGUGACAGCGAGGCACACAGCUUCUAAGAGACUAAAGCCUUUGUUGAAGAGUUAUCGUUAUGUAGAACUAUUAGGAAUGUCUGUGAAUGCAAGAGAGGAGUAUAUUUACAGGUUUUUUGAAGACAAGAAGUGGGCCAUGAAAGUAUUCAGUUCACUAAGAAACAAUGAGGUACUUUUUAGCAUGUGCCAAGUCCGCCUUGUAUGCUGGGUCUUUUGUACUUGUCUGAAGCAGCAAAUGGAGAAGGGUGGUGAUGUCACAUUGACCUGUCAAACGACCACGGCUCUGUUUACCUGCUAUAUCUCCAGCUUGUUCGCACCAGAACGCUCUCCUAGACUACCCAACCAAAACCAACUAAGGAGCCUGUGCCACUUGGCUGCCAAAGGAAUAUGGACUAUGACAUAUGUCUUUUACAGGGAAAAUCUCAGAAGACAUGGGUUAACUAAAUAUGAUGUCUCAAUUUUUCUGGACAUGAAUAUUCUUCAAAAGGACACAGAGUAUGAAAACUGCUAUGUAUUCACACAUCUACAUGUCCAGGAGUUUUUUGCAGCUGUUUAUUAUUUGUUGAAAGGUAGUUGGGAAGCCAGGGACGUUUCCUUCCAGCCUUUUGAAGACUUGAAGCUGUUAAUAGAAAGCACAAGCUAUAAAAACCCCCAGUUGACACAGAUGAAGUGCUUUUUGUUUGGUCUUUUGAAUGAAGAUCGAGUAAAACAACUAGAGAAAACUUUUAACUGUAAAAUGUCACUGGAGAUAAAAUCAAAGUUACUUCAGCAGAUGGAAGUAUUAGGAAACAGUGAAUAUUCUCCAUCGCAGCUAGGAUUUCUGGAGUUGUUUCACUGUCUGUAUGAGACUCAAGAUGAAGCAUUUAUAAGCCAGACAAUGAGAUAUUUCUCCAAGAUUGUCAUUAAUAUUUGCGGGAAACUUCAUUUGCUUGUAUCUUCAUUCUGCCUUAAACACUGCCAGUGUUUGCAGACCAUCAAAUUGUCUAUAACUAUGGUAUUUGAGAAGAAGAUGUUAAACACAAACCCUCCAGCUGAAACUUGGGAUGGUGAUCACAUUAUUCAUUACUGGCAAGAUCUCUGUUCUGUGCUUCAUACAAAUGAACACUUGAGAGAACUGGACCUGUACCAAAGCAACCUUGAUAAAUCAGCGAUGAAAAUCUUUCAUCAAGAACUAAGACAUCCAAACUGUAAACUGCAAAAACUACUGUUGAGAUGUGUCACUUUCCCUGAUGGUUGUCAGGAUAUCUCUCAGUCUUUGAUUCACAACCAGAAUCUGAUACAUCUUGACCUGAAAGGAAGUGAUAUCGGGGAUAAUGGCGUGGAGUCAUUAUGUGAAACCUUGAAACGCCCAGAGUGUAAACUACAGAAACUGAGGUUAGAAUCCUGCAACCUGACUGUAGUUUGUUGUCUGAAUAUAUCUAAGGCUCUCAUCAGAAGCCAGAACCUAAUAUCUCUGAAUCUGUCAACCAAUAAUCUACUGGAUGAUGGAGUGGAGCUGUUGUGUGAGGCCUUAGGACAUCCAAAGUGUUACCUAGAAAGACUGUCUUUAGAAAGCUGUGGUCUCACGGAUGCUGGUUGUGAGGAUCUGUCUUUGGCUCUAAUCAGCAAUAAAAAGCUGACACAUCUAUGUUUGGCUGACAACGUCUUGGGAGAUGGCGGAGUAAAGCUUUUGAGCAAUGUCUUGCAGCAUCCACAGUGUACUCUACAGAGUCUUGUGCUGAGGUGUUGCCAUUUCACUUCACUUAGUGGUGAGUAUCUCUCAAUUUCUCUUCUACACAACAAGAGCCUGACACAUCUAGAUCUAGGAUCAAACUGGCUACAAGAUGGUGGAGCCAAGCUUCUGUGUGAUGUUCUUCGGCAUCCAAGCUGUAAUCUUCAGGACUUGGAAUUGAUGGGCUGUGUUCUCACUAGUGCAUGCUGUCUGGAUCUGGCUUCUGUUAUUUUGAGCAAUCCAAACCUUUGGAGCCUGGACCUCAGCAACAAUGAUUUGCAGAAUGAGGGAGUGAAAAUUCUGUGUGAUGCUUUGAGACAUCCAAGCUGUAACAUUCAGAGACUUGGGUUGGAAUACUGUGGUUUGACUUCUCUCUGUUGUCAAGAUCUGUCCUCAGUUCUUAGAAGCAACCAACAACUGAUAAAAAUGAGCCUAACACAGAAUACCUUUGGAUGUGAAGGAAUUAUGGAGUUAUGUAAAGUCUUGAGGUCUCCAAAGUGUAAACUACAAGUUCUAGGGUUGUGCAAAGAGGCAUUUGAUGAGAAAUCCCAGAAGCUGCUGGAAGCUGUUGGAGUUAGCAAUCCACACUUAAUCAUUAAGCCAGAUUGUAAUGAUCAGAAUGAAGAUAUGUCCUGGUGGCGAUGUUUCUGAUUUGAGGAACUUGAUAUUCCAUAAGUAAAUGAAUGGAUUAAUAAUUAAAAGUUAAAAAUUAAAUUUAAAAAAACCUCAGAGUGAUGAAUACUUGGGGUCAUAGCUUUAAAAACUCUAUGCCCAGAGAUAUUGCACCUGCAUUUGUUAGAUACAGGUUAGUUCCCUCUGUAAAAUGUCUGUUCUUCUUCACAUAGAGGUUGAGAGGCUAAAAUAGAAUGAAAAAAAAAAAACCAUAAAACUCUCUG